GUCGCCGUCUGGUGCGGACGUGUGCCGCUCGUAGCGAACCGCUCGCACAUCGCGAUACGAAACUAUCGAACGACGCAAGGUAUCUUUAUGGCGGGAAGUUUGUGAAUAUCGUGUGAAUUCUGUUAUAUUUUGGUGUUGUGCUAAUUACGGGACGCAUCUGACCGCGGCGGAGGCGGAAAGUUCGGAACGUCUCUCCAGUGUUAUCAAGUGAACGAGUACAAAAUGUUUGAGUAAAACCAUUGUGAAGUGUAAACAACUGGCAACAUUUUGUGAAUUAAAUCGAUAUCGUGUGUUAUCUGUGCGCUGUGUGAUGUGUCAGUGACAGUGAGAGGAGAUCAAGAUGGCGUUCAAAAUGGCGCUCGACUUGCUGACAGCUGUCAUGUUUGCCGCCAUCGCGUGUCGCUACGUGUCGGCUGAAAGAGAUCACGCGUCCGCUCUGGUCGGCAACACAGCACGUCUACGAUGUCGUAUCGACGGCAAGUCGUGCGGCGAGAUGCACAGUGUCAAAUGGUAUAAAGCAGACAGCCGUGUCUACGUGUACUCGGCUUCAAAAGACGCCGCCAUCAACCGCCCUGAGGGUGAUAUGAUGGACAGAAUGUCAAUAUCCCACGAGCCGAAUGCGACCUUCGCGGAGCUGGUGAUCACCAACGUCAAACCUGAUGAUGAGGGAGUCUACCGCUGCGAGAUCACAUACCUGCAGGUGGGAGAGGACUGCAACACCGUGCAAGUCACCGACUUUCAUACAUACAUAAAACCACAGUCGGUAGAAGUUCGGACUGGCGACGGGCAGGUACUGGCAGAUGGCGCUGUCCUCGGGCCACUGCUGGAACGCACCAGGGUCAACGUAUCCUGUCUGGUGCGGGAAGGGAAACCACAGCCAAAGGUCGCUUGGUACUUCAACGGGAAAGAAAUGCUAGAUGCUCAAACGACCACACCGGAUAAGGCGACAGUGCAGCACGUGCUACCUAUGAUAGUGACGAGAUACGAGCUUCGCGGCGAACUCAAAUGUGUCGUAUCUUCCGCCGCGCUCGACGAGCCUAUUGUAAGGAAGAUUGAACUCGAUGUUAAAGUACCUCCGAAUAAAAUCUCAGUGACCGGAGUGGGUGGGCACGCGACACAAGGCACGUUGCUGACGCUGAUGUGCGAGGUGUCCGGCGCGCGUCCGGCUGCCCAUAUAGAGUGGUACAAUGGUACACAAAAGUUAAUACACGACGACAAUAAUAUACAACAAAAGCAGAUAGAAAUGAGUGAUUCAACAUUCGUGACUAAAUCCAACUUGACGUUCGAGGCAACUCGCUUUGAGAACGGCCGCAAGUUUCGAUGCGAAGCGAUAAAUGACGUCAUGAUAGAGACCAAAGAACAUCCUAUACAUGCUACCAGAGAACUGGAGGUUUGGUAUCCUCCGCUAGUACAUUUAGAACCAAAAAACAUAACAGUAGUCGAAGGUGCGAAAAUUCUACUCAAAUGUGAAUAUGAAAGUAAUCCUUCUUCUCUCAAUGAAGUUAUUUGGUACCGCAACGGUGAGAAACUGAACGUGAACAGUUCCCACUACGAAGGAGGAACGACCGAGCAGCACGCGCUCAUCAUCGUGUCCUCGCGCGGAGCAGACCUGGGCAACUACAGCUGUCUGCUCGCCAACACGGUGGGGCAGGGCACCACCAACGAGACCAUACAUGUUAAUAUUCUAUACAAGCCGGGCGUGCGGCUGCAGAUGAGCGCGCGCAGCCCGCUGCUGGAGACGGAGCACCGCAACGUGACGCUGAGCUGCGAGGUGGCGUCCGGCAACCCGCCGCUGCUGGACGAGGUCAUCUGGUACCUGGAUGGAGAAAUGCUGAAGCACCUUCCCGAGUGCAAUGGAACUAACGACAGUCUGUGCAACGACGUGGACCCCUCGAUGCUGCUGCUGCAGGACACCACGAAGAGUUUCCACGGCAACUACUCCUGCAAGGGCAAGAACGUCGCGGGCUGGGGCGACGAGAGCGCCAAGACUGAGCUGGUCGUCAACUAUCCCCCGGGUCCGGCGAAACUAACUUAUUCUCCUUGGCGAGUUAUAAAGGGUCAGUCGUUAGUAGUUAGCUGCAGCGUGGAAGAGAAAGGGAGACCUGAAUCCAACAGGUUCCGUUGGCACCGCGGGGGUCGUCUAAUGAGUGACAUUGUGUCAGCUGACUGGACUAUAGACCCUGUCACUUUAGAUCACAGAACAAACUUCUCAUGUCGGGGAAAUAACUCUGCAGGCGAGGGGGAACCUGCAUUCGCUAAUAUUGAUGUAUUAGCGCCGCCAAGUUUCAAAUACGCUAUGAAUCAUUACAGCGGAGCUCUCUACAGAUCUCAGAAUAUUUCCCUGUCGUGUACAGUGGAGUGCGCUCCGCUGUGCAGCGUGCAGUGGCUCAAAGAUGACCAAGUCAUUGAUCCUGACAAAACUGACAGAUAUUAUGUCGUCGAGAGGAAAAUAGAACCUCAAGUUAAUCGGAAUGACUUCGAAGCUACUGAAUCUACUUUGCACUGGAACAUGUCGGCGUGGGCUGGCGGCGUGCUGUCGCGCGCGGCCGACGUGGCGCGCUACACGUGCCGCUCGUCGCGCAACGCCGCCGGCCCGCCUGUCAACAGCACCACGAAGUUUGCUGUCGAGUAUGAACCAGAGAACAUAACAGUGACACCCCAAGUAGUCUCCGUUAUUGAAAACAAAAUACCGGGAAAAGUUGUCUGCUCAGCUAAGGGUUUCCCGAUGCCGAGCUACUCGUGGCGCCGCGAGGUGUCCAGCAAGAACCAGGGCAAGGAGCACAGCAACCGCUCGCUGGUGCUGUCGUCCUCCAGCACGCUGCUGCUGGGCGCGGUGCCGCGCGCGAUGGCCGGCCGCUACCUCUGCCAGGCCCACAACAAGCACGGCGCCGUCAGCGCCGCGCUCUACCUCGACGUCUUGUUUGUACCGGAAUGCGGUAUCAAACAGAUAGAGAAGGACGGAGAACAACUGCUCGUCUGCACUGCUCACGCAAACCCCGCUGAGGUGUCGUUCAGCUGGCGGCUGAAGGAGGAGAACGACAGCCUGGCGGAGGAGCCGGCGCGAGGCGAGGAGGCGAGCUGGCAGCGCGGGCUGCAGAGCUUCCUGCGGCUGCGCGCCGUGCCGCGCUACCGCACCUACCAGUGCCGCGCCAACAACUCCGUCGGCGUCUCCGAGCCCUGCGAGCGCGGCGUGCCGGGCAGCAAAGUAUGGUGGAGAGAUCAGUACAAGCUGCUGCUGUUCGGAGGAAUCGCCCUCGCGGUGCUCGUCGUCACCGUCAUCCUCUGCAUCAUCAUCAUCUGCAUCUGCAGGAGGAUGAGGACCAAAUCUAAAUAUAAUAAUCCCGUGGAAUUAGAGGAACGAGAGAAUCCGGACGGUAGCUGUCUAAACGAAGUAUCCAUAGCGCAGUCGAUCAUAUCGCAAGCUUUGCCCGCUUUGUCUCCGCGCAUCAGUUUGUCAUUUAGCCAUAAAUCCUCAGACAGAACCAGACUAGUCGAUUCACAAAGAUAUCCAAACAAUUUAGAAAUGAACAGAUUCAAUGAUAAACCAAACACUAGUUUACAAGCGAGUCUCUCGCAAUUACAAGCAACUAUCGAUUCCAAUAAGAUUAAAACCGAUGAGAACAAAACAGAAACUCCCAAACCAGAAACCAAUGAAAAUAAACCACAAACUGUAACGACACCAAAUAAAUGGCCUCUAAAACCAGGAGUACUAGUUCAUGUUAAUUCCAACCACACGUUAAGUCCAAAGAAUCAAGCUCGUCUUCAAAAUACAAACAAACCAGUAGACAAAGAAGAUAAUAAUCUAGGAUUACUAGAAAGAAAUCAAGAAAGAACUGAUACUAACAAAACACCUAAAGCUGAAUAUAGUAAAAAGAACGGAAAACCUAAAAGACAUUCUAAAAACGUGGUAUCAGGAAUUAUAAGAAAUUUAACAGGAAAAAACGACAAUUCAAACGAAGAUAGUGGUAAAUACAAGAAAAUCAAUAAAUCAAAUAGAAGAGCUGUUUCUUUAAUUAAUUUAGGGAAAACUGGAUAUGGUCUGCCCAAAGGAAGGAUAAGAUCUUUCUUUCAAAGCGAAACUCCGAAUGUCAUAGUUACUGAAGGAGUCGUGUCAUUUAAAAGGCCUGAUAGAACAACAAACAGAGUUGAGACUGUCGCCGAUAUCAAUUCAAGGAAUAGAAAGAGAAAAAAACCAGGAGAUAGCCCAGCUACGAAUGGCGCAGAUAAUGCGGCGAACGGCCUCGCAGCGGACAACCCCGGCCUCUACGAGAACCUGCCGUUCCACGGCCUCCAGCAGCCCCCCAACAAGCCUGUGCAAGCGAUACAACCCAGAGUUGUCGAAACUAACAAUAAACAUGCAAAAGGAAUCGAACAUUUACAAAAGCAAUUGACGACAAACCCGUCGUUCACUCCCAGAGUCGUUUGUCCGCCGUUUAUGCAAAAUUAUACCUUAACUCCUCCACAAAAUGCUCAAUAUCAGACUUACGGGAUUCCAGUACUAUCACCAAUACAACAGAUGUAUCCCAUACACCAAACUGUACUAUUAAACCCAUAUCUACCACAAAUGCAACCAACUUUCUUAAAACAAUUCCCAACAAUAGAUGAAGAGGUAACCGAACCUGACACGAGAAAGUUCAGUUCAUUAAAUACAAGGAAUAAUAAAAAAUUACCUCAUUUCCAAUCAAUGAGAAUAGUUAGAAAAAGGAAUAUAGAAAGAUUCUAUCCAAAUACUGUUUACGGAGAAAAUUUCCAUGAAAUUAAUAACAACAAGAAUAGAGAAGAAUCAGAUAACGAUAAAGAUGGAAGAAAUGAAGAUGCGAUUUAUGCCAACUAUCCAUCUUUACUUAAAAUUAAAUCUAACAUAAGUGGUGUAGAACAGUUUGAGAAUUUAACUGAUUCCAUCCAAGUUUGCGAAGAGACGAAUUAUCAAAUCAAUAGUUCAACUAAUUCAUUAAACGCGCCUAUUCCAGCUCCACGAAAAAAACUAUCUCCGUUCACUUCACCAUUAAAAUCUGAUCAUGUAUACGUUAAUUUGUCAAUGCCACUUAUUACAAGAUUUAGCUCUAUCGAUGUUAUCGACGGACCAGUUAGAUCAACUAAAUCAGUUGAAGACGUAUCUAAGAUUGAUAAAUACCCAAUUAGUAACACUAAAAGUAAUUUAACCAUAACUAAAAUGGAUAACGAAACAGGAGAUAUAGAAUCUGAAAGUAAAGAUGGAGACAGUAAUACAAAUGUCAAAGAUAUUCAGAAACCAAAUAUCGUUGCAGCGACUCCUAAGAGAAGUACAGUAAAUACUUCGAUCACUUUACCAUCAACUUCUUUGGUAAAAUCAGUUGUCAGUCAACUAAACGAUCAGGGUUUAAAUAAAGUUGGAUUACCAAAAAAGCAAGUGAUAGUACCAAAUAAAACAUUACAAAUACCCAAACUAACUGAAAAACCAAUACCAAAAAAAACUUUAGUUAAACGUAGUAAUUCCGUCCAAAGUGACUUUAAUAGUGAUAUCGCCCAGAAUACUAACAUACUCCAACAACAAUAUAUGCAAAAACGAAAUCAUUUCACUAAUCUAAGUUCAAAAGGAAAGAAUAAGAAAAACUUCCAAAUACCUAUACAAAAGCAUCAUAGUUUCUGUUAUUUUCAACCUAUAAAAGUCGAUAAACGAAUACCAGUGGAUCAAGAACGGUCUUAUAAUAACACAAUAGGACCUGUCAUUUACCAAACAGGCGACGUACAAUAUUACACAAAAACACUAAACAGAACUAAAGAGAAGAAUAGUCAAAAAUUGAAUCGCUUAAAGAAAUCAGAAAGCUUAAGAGAGAAAUUAUCCUGCGUCGGUAUCUACGACAACUACGAGAAACCGAAUUACCCUGAACCGGAAUACAAUGAAUCUGAAAGAAAAUCCUACUUACAAUUAUUAAAAGGGAACUACAUAUCCAGUUCAUCGAGGAAUAUAAACCCCGAACACAUCUGUAGCUCCAAUUUUAACACUAUGGGUCCCAAAGACGAGAGAUCUAAACAUAAAAAAUUAGUUUACGCCGAUCUAGCGCUAGGUAAUCAUAAUUUAAAAUUUAAAAAUACAGUCAAUUCAAAUAAACAUUUAUACGAUACGUACUCUAUAGGGAAUACUGACAAAGAUAGCAAUACUCAUAAGAACAACGUAGUCAGCAGUCAGAGGAAGAACAACCAACAGAGAAGCGACUACGCCACGCUUAAGUUUCAUGAAAUCGACGUCUGAGAGGGCCGCUUUGCCAAGAGUGACACGUACAUUUAUUAAAACUAAGCCAUUCAGACCAGAAGACCAGUUCGUGUACGCAGACGUGGACCUCAAGG